AUGGCCACCACACUACCCACCACCAACGGCAAGCACGACGGUGCCAAUGGCACUGAUGGCGUUGCCUCAUUCGCUGUCAAGGCCGGUCUUGCCCGCAUGCUGAAGGGCGGUGUCAUCAUGGACGUCGUCAACGCCGAGCAGGCCCGUAUCGCUGAGGAGGCCGGUGCCUGCGCCGUUAUGGCACUUGAGCGCGUUCCUGCCGACAUUCGCAAGGACGGCGGUGUCGCCCGCAUGUCUGACCCCAGCAUGAUCAAGGAGAUCAUGGACACCGUCACCAUCCCCGUUAUGGCCAAGGCCCGUAUUGGUCACAUCGUUGAGUGCCAGAUUCUCCAGGCCAUUGGCGUCGACUACAUCGACGAGUCCGAGGUCCUUACCCCCGCCGACCCCAUCUACCACGUCGAGAAGCACCAGUUCAAGACUCCCUUUGUCUGCGGCUGCCGUGAUCUCGGAGAGGCCUUGCGCCGUAUCGCCGAGGGUGCUGCCAUGAUCCGCACAAAGGGUGAAGCCGGUACUGGUGAUGUUAUCGAGGCUGUCCGUCACAUGCAGACCGUCAACCAGCAAAUCGCCCGCGCUGCUGCCAUGUCUGAGCCCGAGCUGCGUGCUUUCGGUCGCGAGAUUGGUGUUCAGUACGAGCUCCUCAAGGAGACCGUCCAGCUCAAGCGCCUGCCCGUUGUCAACUUCGCCGCUGGCGGUAUUGCUACUCCUGCCGACGCUGCUCUCAUGAUGCAGAUGGGCUGCGACGGAGUCUUUGUCGGCUCCGGCAUCUUCAAGAGCGGUGACGCUGCUAAGCGCGCCAAGGCUAUUGUUCAGGCUGUCACCCACUUCAACGACCCCAAGGUGCUCGCCGAGGUCAGCAUUGGUCUCGGUGAGGCCAUGGUCGGAAUCAACUGCGGUUCCAUGGACCCCAAGGACAAGCUCCAGGGCCGUGGCUGGUAA